CUCUUGUGAGAUUGCUUUGAAAUACCGUCGCCAUCAUGGAGUUCUUCUACUCUCUCUUUACUGUUCUUCUGCAUUUGGUUACCAUAGUUACCGCAGCGGACACCAGUGCAUGGAAGUCUCGCAGCAUCUACUUCACCUUAACCGACCGUGUUGCUCGCAGCAGCAGCGAUACCGGAGGUGGCUCAUGCAGCGACCUGGGCAACUACUGUGGUGGAACUUUCAAGGGCCUUGAGUCCAAGCUGGACUACAUCAAGGGCCUGGGUUUUGAUGCUAUUUGGAUGACCCCCGUGGUGACGAACAGUGCUGGCGGGUAUCACGGCUAUUGGGCUCAGGACCUCUACGGAAUCAAUUCGAACUACGGUACUACAGACGACCUUAAGAGCCUCGUCAAUACUGCUCACUCUAAGGGAAUCUAUGUCAUGGUCGACGUCGUCGCCAACCAUAUGGGCUUCGCCGCCAUCUCCGACAACAGGCCCUCACCUCUAGAUCAGUCCAGCUCGUACCACACCGCCUGCGACAUCAACUACUCGGACCAGAACAGCAUCCAAGAAUGCCGCAUUGCCAAUCUCCCCGACGUAUACACCGAGAAGUCGGAAAUCCGGACUCUCUACCAGGACUGGAUCAGAUACCUCGUGCAAGAGUACCAGUUCGACGGCGUGCGCAUCGACACGGUCAAGCACGUGGAGAAGGAGUUCUGGCCUCCGUUUGUCUCGGCCUCGGGCGUGUAUUGCAUCGGUGAAGUCUUCGACGGCAGUCCCACCUACCUCGCGGGUUAUGCUUCCACCAUGCCUGGAUUGCUCAAUUACGCCAUCUACUACCCGAUGAAUAGGUUCUACCAGCAACAAGGUUCUGCACAAGACAUGGUCGAUAUGCACAACCAGAUCAGCUCACUCUUCCCGGACCCCACUGCUCUCGGCACCUUCCUGGACAACCAUGACAACGUGCGGUGGCUGAAUCAGAAGAACGACGUCUCGCUCCUGAAGAACGCACUGGCAUAUGUCGUCCUGUCCAGAGGUAUACCCAUUCUAUACUACGGAACUGAACAGGGCUAUUCUGGCGGGGCUGAUCCAGCCAACCGCGAGGAUCUUUGGCGCAGUGGAUUCAACAAUCAGUCCGAUCUCUACCAGGCCAUCUCCCGCCUGUCGAGCGCCAGAAAGUCCGCUGGUGGCCUAGCAGGCGACGAUCAGGUCCAUCUCUACGUCACCAGCAAUGCCUAUGCGUGGAGUCGCGCUGGCGGCAAUCUGGUCGUUCUCACCACAAACACCGGCGCCGGUACAAGCGGAUCGUACUGCUUCAAUGCGCAGAAGAACAACGGCCAAUGGACCAAUGUCUUCGGCAGCGGGACCUACACCUCCGACGGAAGCGGCAACCUCUGCGUCAGCGUCACAAACGGCGAGCCUGUCGUUCUCGUCGCGAGCACCGGAAGCACAACUCCAACUUCGACCUCGAGCCCAACAAGGACGACGGCAACCGCUACAACGCUCGCCACCUCGGCUUGUCCAACCGCAGUCUCAGUAACUUUCAGCCACAAGAUUACUACUGCAUACGGCGACUCAGUCAAGAUUGCAGGCAACACAGAGCAGCUGGGCAACUGGGACACAGCAAAGGCUCCCGCCCUCUCGGCUUCGCAGUACACCGCCAGUAAUCCAAUUUGGACGAUUACGCUGAGCCUUCCAGCUGGCCAGUCGAUUCAGUACAAGUUCAUUAAAGUGUCGAGCUCGGGCGCAGUGACGUGGGAGAGCGACCCCAAUCGCUCUUAUACUGUGCCGUCCUGCCAGGCCAGCAGCACGGUUAGUAGUGAGAAUCGUUGAUUGCUUGGUUUGAGGAGGCUUUGACCUUUCACGAGCAGACGAAUCGCGACGCAGCUUCUUUAUGUCGUUUCACGAAGUUGCUCCAUUGCGUUGGUUCAAAAAGUAUCUCUUGAGCACACGAGAAUUAGGUAGAGCCGUGAGUCGGCCGCGAACACCCGCACUUAAUUUA